AUGCUCAAAAACUCCGAAUCCCUUUGUCAUGUCUGUGGAUCUGAAUCAAAUGGAAUGUACCAUUACGGCGCCCAAGUUUGUCGUGCUUGUGCGGCAUUCUUUAGAAGAGCUCUAACGUCUCCAUACCCCAAAAAAUGUAGAAUGAACCAAAAAUGUGACUUUCUAACUAAAAAUGGGUAUUUCAAAUGUAAAUUUUGUCGGCUAAAGAAGUGUUAUGAUGUUGGAAUGAGCUCGGAAAAUUUCCAGCUAAAUCGUGACGUUCAUAAUACGGCUUGUAGAAUACCAGAGACAGUUGGAACUUUUCUGGGUAGAUCAAAUCUGAUUAUCUUUUCGAAAUCUUCUUCUUGUGAUUCGGUAAAAAGUGUGAUAAAUUUAGAGAAUUUAAUUGAAAAGGCCAUGAGGAUUAUGAAGCAGAGUCCAGAAUCUCCAAUUUUCGUCAGAAACUCUCUUGAAAAACUGGCUUUUUCCCUCGGCCCAAUUCUCAAAACCAAUCAAAAUAUAAAUUCUUCAAAUUACGGAAAGAUAUACGGAAUGGACCAAUCAAUGGCACAAAUCGAACACGAAAUUCUGACCGUAACGAAAUGGUUAACCCAUUUUGAUGGAUUUCUGGAUUUGGCGCCAAAACUGCAAAUUCAAAUUUUUCAAGCCUGUUGGAACUUGUGGUGGAAACUGGAGAGACUGGCGACGACGGCAAUGGAGAUCCGGAGAAAUGAAAAUCUGAGGAAAAUGAAAAGGAAUAGUUUAUUAUAUAAAUUUGAUAAGACAAGGAUUGACGUCUCCUGGUUGACAAGGUAUUCGUUGGAGGAAUUGAAAUUGUGA